AUGAAUGGAACACAGAAGGCCAAAAAGUGGUUUAAACCCUUAUUUGAAUUUGAUGAAACUGAACCUGUAAAGAAAAUUAAGAAGAAUAUACCCAAAGCCAAUGAAUCUCAAAAGGAAAGAGUACAGGUUUCUAGUUAUCAAAACAACAACACAAUAAGUAAUGCAAGCUGUAAAAGUUGGAUAAAAAAUUUUGAUCCAGUUAAUGUUGAAGAUCUUGCUGUGCAUAAUAAAAAAGUUCAAGAGGUGGAGGGAUGGGUAAAAUGUGCAUGUAUGAGCAAUUUUAGUGAUAUACUAUUGCUGUCAGGUCCAGUUGGGUCUGGUAAAACGGCCACAGUCUAUACUUUAGCCACAAAACAUGGCAUCAAAGUAACUGAAUGGAUAACACCUCUUGACAUUGAAAUGCCUUCUGAAUAUGGUGAUUAUCAAAUUAGGGAAUCUCAAUCGAAAAAGUUCUUGGAUUUUAUUAUAAAUGCAGCAAACUUCACUUCUCUAUUAGAUAACAAUAAUAAAAAAUUAGUGCUGGUAGAAGAUUUUCCAAAUGUAUUCUUACGGACUCCAACAGAAUUCACUGAUAUCCUUUUGCAGUACAAACAUAGAGCCAAAAGUCCAAUUGUAUUUAUUUGCUCUGAAACGCACACAGAUAACAAGAAUUCAGCAUUCCACCUCUUUACUCCUGCCUUGAAGGAACAGUUUAAUAUAUCUCACAUAACGUUUAACAGUAUAUCCACAACAGGUCUAAAGUGCGCAUUAAAACGCGCUGUUGAUAUAAUUAGUAAAAAAUUCACUUCCAUGUACAACAUUCCGAGUCCAGCUUUGGUGGACUCAGUAGUCAAUUCAUCUGGUGGUGAUGUUAGGUCUGCUAUACUGAAUCUACAUUUUGCAUCAUUAAAAGGAUCACAAAUGGAUAUGGAAACAAGUGUGAUACAAGAGAAAGAAGUAAAAAGUAAUAAAUCUAAACGAAAAAAGAAUCCAUCUAGUAAAUUUAUGUCAUUAGGAAAGGAUCAAACUGUCAGUAUUUUACAUGGCGUAGGCCGAGUUUUAAAUCCAAAAACUGCAACUUCUGAAGAUGGCAAGACACAUUUAACUCAUUCCCCAAAAGAUGUGAUAGAACAAUUUCUCAGUCAUCCAAGUUCAUUUAUUUCGUUUUUGGAAGAGAACUAUCUUUCUCAUUUUUCGUGUCCUAGUGACGUGGAAAUGGCAGCAUCAGCACUAAGUGACGGGGACUACAUGUUAGCUGAGUGGCGGGAAAAGACAUGUCAAGAAUAUGGGCUAUAUACAGCUGUUGCCGGUCUAAUGGUUGCUAAUAAAGCUCCUAUAUCAGCUUGGAAUCCUGUCCGUGGCCCUAAAAAUAUGAGAAUUCAAUAUCCGUCCCUCAAGGAAAUGCCACAACUAGACAAAGAUUACUUAUAUAAAGGAAAAGUAUUGGUGGCAGACUAUUCAACUUAUUGUAAAAUUAUUGGACAUAAAAUAGAAAAUUCUCCAAGUGUACUGUUAAUUGAUUAG